GGGUAUAUGGUAGUGAGGGGAUGAGGAAGGUCCCGAGAGGCUGGGCGUGAGGGGAGAGAGCAGUCAAUCCUCAGCUGUUGGUAGCGGGCGGGUGACGAGCAGCUGCUGUCACCACGAGUCCCUUGCUCUCACUCAGCCCCUUGCCAGCCCUCACUCAGCCCGCAGCCAGGCCCUUUCCGCAAGCCCCGGACACUUGUUUUUUGCACGUGGCACCUGCCGUCUGUCAGUGCCUCUCGCGGUGACCCUCGGCCUAAGGCACUUCGGGCACCACUCGGCCACCCGGACCUCCUGCGCCGCCGAGUGGGCCGCAUCGCGAGGCUCGGAAGGGCCGCACCGCGCGCCCGGGCCACCAUGGAGGCGCAGUGCUACCCUGGCGGCGUGGCCAACCCGUACGGCGUGGCCCAGGAGCGGCCCUCCGAUGUGACCAUGAUGACGGGCGUGGCCCAGGUGCCCACCUCCACCCACGGCCCCCUCGUGGCCCGCUCCUCGGCCCAGGACUGCUGCUACGACUGGUCCGCCCUCCCCAGCCACUACACCACGCCCAUGAAGGAGAUGGAAGCGUGCCUCCUGGCGGCGGGCAAGGGCCGACCCGAGGACUACCACGGCUACCCCUCGCAGCUGACGUGCCCGACCGGCCACCCGACGGGCAUCCCCUCCCUCUCGGCCAAGGAGAGGGCAGGCUCCCCUCGCUCGCCCAUGAAAGACCAGAAGGAAGAGCCUAUGAACAUUUCCGAGAAGCCUCCACAGCAGCAGCAGGCGUCGCAGCCGAAGAAGCCCCUGCAUCCGAAGCUCGUGAGUGUGAGCGCCAGUCUGGAGAUGAAGGCGCUCUGGGACGAGUUCAACGAGCUCGGGACGGAGAUGAUCGUCACCAAGGCCGGAAGACGCAUGUUCCCGACCUUCCAAGUCCGCCUCUUCGGCCUUGACCACGGCAGCGACUACAUGCUAAUGAUGGACUUCAUUCCCGUGGACGACAAGCGAUACAGAUACGCUUUUCACAGCUCCUCCUGGAUCGUCGCGGGCAAAGCGGACCCUAACUCCCCCCCCCGCAUCCACGUGCAUCCAGACUCCCCCGCGAAAGGAGCUCAGUGGAUGAAGCAAGUGACGUCAUUCGAUAAGCUCAAGCUCACUAACAAUCAGCUCGAUGAUAACGGCCAUAUCAUCCUGAACUCCAUGCACCGCUACCAGCCUCGCUUCCACGUCGUCUACGUCAACCCGAAGACGGAGGACGUAUCUUCGACUGAAAACUUCAAGACGUUUGUGUUUCCUGAGACGAAGUUCACGGCUGUCACUGCGUAUCAGAACCACAGGAUAACGCAGCUGAAGAUCGCCAGCAACCCGUUCGCAAAGGGCUUCCGAGACUGCGAUCCGGACGAGUGCGUGGUGGAGGUCCUGAACCAGCUGCAGCAG